UAACAAGCUGCUAUUCUCGAGACUCGAGACCGGGAUUGCCUGAAGCCUGAAGCGAGUUGUAGCCUAGCCUAGGCCUCUUCAAUUCCUGAUCAAGAGAUCGAAAGUGAAAUAAAUUUCUUAAUCAAUAGUCUAAAGAUCAAAUCUUUGAGACUUUAUUUGUUCAGUGGGAUCAAAGGUUAACCUGUAAACAUGUUUGGUGGUUUUGGUCAAACUCCACAAACCACUGCAUCAAACACGGCCUUUUCAAUGGCUGGAGGAGGUGGGUUCUCCUUCACCUCCCCGACGGGAGGACAGCCGGCCACGGGCACAGGCUUCGGACUCGGGGGAGGGACGGCGCCCGCUGGAUCAGCGACGGGUGGAGCCACCACAGGCUUCAACUUUGGUGUUGCGGCGACAACUAAAGCAACAACAGCGGGUGGCCCCGGUGGUUUCAACUUCAGCGGUACCCAGGGGCAGAACCAGACGGCCAAUGCCUCCACAGGCGGUGGUGGUGGUGGCUUCUCCUUCGGGGCGCCCGCGGGCGGGGCGGGCGUGGCUGGAGCUCCCUCGGCAGCCAGCAGCGGCGCAGGCUUCAGUUUCUCCUCACCGGGCUCUGGAACCGGCGGUGCUCCGACCACUGGGUUUGGUUUUGGCGGCGUGGCUGGGACGGGUGGCGCCCCAGGAGGAGCACCACCCCCUGCUGCUCAGUCCACUGCGGCGGCGGGAGGAGGAGGAAGGGGCUUCUCUCUGGGCGGGAUGGGGGGCGGCCAACAGGCGGCGUCCACCGGGGGAUUCAGUCUCGCCGGUUCUGGGGCAGGAGGGCAGACCACCUCGGCUGGGCCGGGAUUCUCUCUGAGUGGUCAGACGACCUCGGCUGCGCCGGGAUUCUCUCUGGGCGGGAUGGGGGGCGGCCAACAGGCGGCAUCCACCGGGGGGUUCAGUCUCGCCGGUUCUGGGGCAGGAGGGCAGACCACCUCGGCUGGGCCGGGAUUCCCUCUGGGUGGUCAGACCACCUCAGCAGGGGCAGGGUUUUCUCUGACUGGUCAGACGACCUCCGCGGGAGCGCCACAACCUUCAGGGUUUGGAUUUGGAACGACGACCGCUGCAGCAGCUACCUCAACAGCAGCCACCGGGGCUGGGGCGACCCCGAGUCUAGGGCUGGGUGGAUCUAUUUUUGGCGCUAAAUCAGCGGCCACUGCAGCGACUACUUCUGCUUCGACUGGUUUUACUGGAUUUGGCACACCUGGCACCACGGUCACCACCACCACCACCGCCACUGCAGCAACCACAGCAACCACCGCGGCUGCCACGGGCGCAGGGUUCAGCUUCGGUACCGGCACAACCUCCACCGCCCCUCAGACCUCCACCAGCGGGUUUGGCUUCGGCUCGGCCACCACCCAGGCUAACACAUCAGCGACAGUCGCGGGGACGGGCGGCGGGGGGUUCUCGUUUGGCCAGUCCAGCACCGCCGCGACUGCGACCGCAACUAGCACCGCUGCUACAACGGCUGCCUCGGCCGCUGGCGCGUCGAGCGUGGGCGCAGGUCGACAGAUGACCUUCCGACAGCUAGAGGACACCAUCAACAAGUGGACCACAGAGCUGGAGGAACAGGAGAAGAAUUUCCUGGAUCAGGCCACGCAGGUCAACGCAUGGGACCUCAUCGUCAUGGACAACGGGGACAAGGUACCUGUUAGCGGAGAGUCUGGACGCACAGCUCAAGCGCAUGGGUCAGGACCUCAAGGAAAUCAUCGAGAGGCUCAACGCUGCCAACUCCACGCCCGAACAGAAUGAUCCUGUCCAGCAGGUGACCAAGAUCCUCAACGCUCACGUCAUGUCUCUCAUGUGGGUCGACCGCAACACAGCCAACCUCCAGCGUCGAGUGGAAGACAUCUCCAAACAAAUGAACAUUGAGAAACGGGAACAAGAGAGGAACUUCCGACUGGCCUACAGCUAGAGAACAGCUCUCACUCUCCGCGGUUUUGGUGUUGAAUUUUGUAACCUUUACUUAGCAAUCAGGGGUUCAAUCUGUUGAAGUGAAAGUGGGAUAAAACAAAAUUGAAAUCUGAUUUUUGUUUUGUGGUUUGUUUGUUGUUUUCCUGCUUUGUGAACAGCCAGCUGACCCUCACUGUAGGGAUAAGACCAACUAAACCACAAAAUAUCAAUAUGUGUGACAAGCGUGCUGACAAAAUGAGUUACCUCUCAGAUUCAAGCCCUAUGGAAAUAGAUACUUCCCGCUUUUAGGUGAAGGUUUUGACAAUUUAUAGGUUGGAAAUAAUAAAAGGCAUGUUGUACUUAAAGAACAUGGCAUCAAUAGAAAAUCUACAAAUUUGACCCUAGUGUCAAUUUUUGGCCAAUAUCUCCAUUUGUGGAUUGCGAGAAGAAGGCCCAACUCAUUUUGUCAGCACACCUCGGAUAUGAUGCUCUGUUUAUUUCACGAAUCAAUAGCAAGUUACUCAUUCCACGCGCUCGGUCUACUAAUAGACAGCAGGUGCGACAUUUGAUCUAGAAUGCUCUGAGAACCAAACGUCUGAGCCGUCGCCAGGUUGUUGUGUGAUGAACCUGGACAAGAUUUGUGCUUCUCCCGCAGAGUUGACCGUGAUGAGGUUAGCCGCCUAGCAUCUCAAGGACAAGGAAAUGAACACGUCGCAGGGGUUGGCAUUGUUCAGAUAGUAGACGGAAAGGAACUUUGUUAAUGUCCAUGGGUUCAACAUACUCGUUGGGGGGGGGGGGGGUAUUAUAACAUUAACAAACUGUUCUUAUGUAAGCACAUAAACAGCUUAAGUAGCUUUCAUUUUUAUCAUUUAGUGCAGAUGUAAGAGCGACAGAAUUUUGGCUGAUUGUAUGUGUGUAAGAUUCAUAAAUUGCUCUCUUGUGUGUGAAUGUACUCACUGUAGUAGGAUCUGAUUCCCCACCAUCAACAUGAAAGCUGUUUUACGGGAGGAGGGGGGGCCUCGCUAGGCACCGUGUCUGAGGUAUUUUCAUUGUUCUUUAUUUCCAUGUGAAUGAUGACGAAAAAAAAAAUUAAAAUGUUUUCAACUUUUCACAGUCA